GUCUCUUGACUCUUGCAGAAUCGGUUAUCUCCUGUUUUUCAGUCUGCAAUAUUUUUUCAAAAGAGACACAAGUUUCGAUGUCCGACGGGCUAUGACAACGUCACUGCUUCUCCGCCCGCGUUGGAUCGACCCAGUCAUGUUUCUCUAUGAUAACGGCGUUUCGGACGACCCAGGCAAGAAUAUGGACGGGAUUGCGGGAAGCAACUUCCCACCGAGUUCAUGCAGAAAUCUGAUAGCUCACACUGCGCCUCUCGCACCCAGUGCUGCGUACUCGUCAAGCGAGGUAGCUGGAGCAGGAGCGGGUGAGCCUGGAAAGCAAUGCAGCCCGUGUUCGGCCACGCAGGGUUCCGGUGGCGCUUCAUUACCUUAUGGCUAUUUUGGCGGUGGUGGAUAUUAUCCAUGCCGCGUGUCCCACCACCACGGGGGCGGAGGUGGAGUAAAGUCGUGUGCUCAGUCCCCCGCUCCAGCCUCGCCUUACGGGGAAAAAUACAUGGACAUGUCUGCCACAUCGUUGGAGGAUUACUCCACGACCAGAGGAAAGGAAUUCGCUUUCUAUCCAAGCUACGCAUCGACUCCAUACCCGCCAGUUCCCAGCUACCUGGAUAUGCCCGUAGUGCAGGCAGUCAGCGGACCCUCUGAGCCAAGGCAUGAGCCUUUACUGCCUAUGGAAAGUUAUCAGCCAUGGGCGAUCGCUAGUGGCUGGAACGGGCAGGUCUACUGUACCAAAGAGGAGCCGCAGACAGGACACUUGUGGAAGUCAUCUUUACCAAACGCCUUGCAUAGUGGAGGACCAGAGGGGAGUUCCUUUCGCCGAGGGAGAAAAAAGCGAGUUCCAUAUACGAAGAUAUAAGGCGCCUUUUCCUGAAAGAUUUGCAGUACCAUAAAAUGACAUGGUAGUACCACUUUGAACUUUUAAUUACACAAUUUUGGGUAACUGUAUCCUGGACUGAUUUCCCUGAAAUGUGAAACGAUGUAUGAUGAUAAGUAGAAUAAAUAAGAUAUACAUUUAUAUGUUAAUAUAGAUGAAGUUUAUAUAAAGAUUAAAACAAAACUCACAUAUCAACGCUUACUAUAGCUGUCAUAUUAGCUGUCAUAAGUAAUUCAGUAAUUGAGCUACGUUUUGUCAAGUAGUUUGGUAGUUUGGCAGUUAGAUAAGUGUUGAGUUUCAUUUACCAGAAUAGACCUGUGUCAUUAUACUUCAGUUUUUAGAACAACAACGACAACAACACAAAUAGUGUUUAUUAUUGUUUUAUUGCUGUUAUUAUAUGGUUAUUAUUUUGUUGAUAUUAUAUAGGUCAUAUUUCUCAUAACUCUGACUGUAUCUGGACAUGGCCGCACAUGGAGCAUGGGCAGCACGUCAAAGCAAUAGCACGCGACCACAAAAUAUUUCAGAAUUUAACAUCCUAAGCCUUCCGACUUGGAAUGUAAAAUCAAUUACAUAACAACAAUAAUAAUAUUCGAAAACAAUGCCAAUAAUAAUAAACAGACAAAAACAUAAUCAUAAAUAGCUUUUGUUUAUUUUGGAUGACACAAUAUAGGCUGUUAUUAUAUGUUAUUAUUUAGGUGACAUAUAUUUCCAUAAUGUAUCAAUAAAACGCUCUGUGCCUAUUUAUAGUAAUGCGUGCCUAAGUAGUUCUCUGUGUACUUCUCAUACAGGCUGUAGACCUCCUUUCUAAACACAAACAGACCAUGUCUUUUAAGCAGAUUAUUAUUCAGUAUAUAUAAUAAUUGUGUUCCUUAUUUCAUAGUUUCGAAGGCAAGAUAGAAGCGGGUAAAGUUUUCUAAAGCAUGUUUGUGUGCAGUUUUCUUCCAAUAUAUUUUAAACAUUGGCUUUAUUAUUAUAGCUGUUUUUAAAAAAUUCAUCUUCUACACCG